AUGGAGAGGACGAAGGUAUCACACUUGGAAGCGAUUAAGAGGAUCCUUAGAUAUGUAAACGGUACUCUUGGCUGUGGGAUUUUAUUUUCUGCAAGUGACAUGGGCAAAAGUUGCGAAUUACUCGGAUACAUUGACUCCAAUUGGUGCGGAGAUAAGGACGAUCGGAAAUCAACGGCCGGUUAUGUUUUUAUGUUCGGAGGAGCACCAAUCUCUUGGUGUUCUAAAAAGGAGUCGGUGGUUGCUCUCUCUUCUUGUGAGGCGGAGUAUAUCACAGCUUCGUUAUGUGCAUGCCAAGCUGUGUGGCUAGUGAACCUGCUGCGUGAGCUGGACAACAACACGAGAGGAGUUAUUCUGCUGUUGGUGGACAAUGUUUCAGCCAUCAACCUUGCUAAAAAUCCCAUAGCACAUUGGAGGAGCAAGCAUAUUGAGAUGAGAUUCCAUUACUUGAGAGAUUGA